AUGACAGAUCGAAGGCAGUCCGACUCGCCGCCGUCCAAGCUCCCCCGCCUCUCCGGCGCCGAUGGCUAUGACGGGGCGGUGACCGUGGCAGCCCCCGCGACGGCGCCGCUGGUUCUUGGGCUGGGUCUCGGCGUGGGCGGCAGCCGCAGCGACAGCAGCGGGAGCGACGGGGAGGCGACGCCGCCGGCGGUGAGGCGGCCGGUGGCGGCGGCGCUGACGUUCAUGCAGCGGCAGGAGCUGGAGCACCAGGUGCUCAUCUACCGCUACUUCGUGGCCAGCGCCCCCGUGCCCGUCAACCUCGUGCUCCCCAUCUGGAAGAGCGUCGCCGCCUCCUCCUCCGCCCCGCAGAGGUUCCCGUCACUGGCGGGUCUGGGGAGGCUGUGCUUCGACCACAGGAGCAGCAUGGAGCCGGAGCCGGACCGCUGCCGGCGCACGGACGGGAAGAAGUGGCGGUGCUCGCACGGCGUGGUGCCGGGGAGCAAGUACUGCGAGCGGCACGUCCAUCGGGGCCGCGGCCGUUCAAGAAAGCUUGUGGAAGCGGCAGCGGCCACCUCGGCCGUCCCCAUCCGCGCGAUGCACGCCGCCGACGCGCAGGCCGGCAGCACCAACGCGCACGCGCCGCCACAGCCGCCGCAGCAGCAGCGCCUCGGCUUCGCCUCCCCCGCCGGCGUCUUCCUCGCCCACGGCACCGCCCGUGCCACCUGA